AUGGCAAGGACAGAACUGCGUAAACGGAAGCGUAGAGAAGAGAAAUAUGAUACAGAAGACAUAGAACAGUUUAUGGAAGAGGAAAUAGAUGGGGUAAUGGGUAAAGAGGAGAUAGAAAAUGCACCAGAUGAAGAGAAAGAAACAGAAAAUGUAGACGAACUUGCCGGUAUUCCAAUUGAACCGUAUGAUCACAAGGCCCAGACUGGGGCUAUUUUCAUUCUUGAGAAGGCUUCUUUGGAAGUUGCAAAACUCGGAAAGUUUUACCAGCUUUUGAGCUCAGAUCAUGACAAAUUUCUGAGAAGUAACAACAAAAAUCCUGCUGAUUACCGGCCAGAUAUUGCUCAUCAGGUACUGAACUUUGGUGUUACGGUCCAUAUCCUUUUUGUUGAAAAGUUCAGUUGUUUUAACUUUUUUGCUGUUUACAUAUGGUCGACAUUGGUAUGUAUAAGUCUAAAUCAUGGUUAUCAGGAUACACCAGCAUCCCAACAAUUUAUGUUCCCAAAACAUUGUACAUUUUCAUUUGAGAACACCCACAUUCAGAAAACAUUGUAUCACCUUCAUUCUAGAACACCGAGGGAUUGGGGACAGUCAUGGGCCGUAUGGGGUGGGUUUGUGGAAGAGCAUUAUGAAGUGAACAAGGAUGCUUCAGUUCAGGAGAACUUGUUGGUUUCAGCCUCAAAAUAG